UACAGAAGGGACGGGUGGGGGUAAGGAGGAUGGGCGGGGCCUCUCUUUGGUCGCGUCACGUGAGGGGCAAACCAUUGGAGAUAUUGAAAAGGGGGUGCACGCGGAGGUUUAGUAGCGGGUCGUACCAUUGCGGCUGACGCGGAAAGGAAGGGAACUGGAUCAUGUCCCUUGAAGACGGCCUUUGCCCUUCCUAGAGCUUUGUUUUGGUUUUAAAAAACCUCAAUCUCUGCUCAGAAUGACAGCCAUCGCCAGGACUCUGAGGGUCUUGCAACGAGAAGCCCUCUUGGCAUUCGUUUCCAAGCCUUGCGGGAUUCACACAUCAACCAGGCAACCCAACUCCAACCGGACAUCCAUUGCUUGCAUUGCAAGGCAGAAGUUCGGCCGGACCUAUCCAGUCCUGCUAGUCAGGCCUGAUGGCUCUACCAUCCACAUCCGUUACAAAGAGCCGAGGCGGAUCCUUUCGAUACCCAUAGACAUCAAUACUCUCCCUGAAGCUGAAAGGAGAGCCAGGUUGAGGAGACGGGAUGCUGGCAAGCUGAAACCCAAACAGGAGGCAACUUUUGAAGACGACUUUAAAUUGGACGAUUAUAGAAAGUUUUGGAAGAAGAAAUGAGAUGUGUAAUUUUUUUUAAAAAAAAGCAACCUAAAUUUGUCAAUGCAAAUAACAGGAACUAUAAAUAAAGAAUUUAUCUCUCUCCCUUCUAUGUA